CACAUGCGCGACUCUCGCGUAUUUUGUACAGCGGCCUGCCACAUAUCAACAGGUCAGCUCGUACUCGAGCUGCAUCAGUUGCGCGUGUGCGAUCGGUACACCUACAUUUUCUUCUUCCUCUUCUUCUUCGAGCAGCAGCAGCGUCUUCGAGUCUCGCGGGCAGUGCGGCAGUCGGCACGCGCUCGGCCGCGCAGGAGCGAUAAGAUAACAACAAUUAACAUCGUACCUAAUAACGUGCAUAUCGCCUGCUGAGGGAGAGAGAAAUUUUAUUUUUGACACCGCGCCUAUCUCUCCUGGGAACAUAAGCAACGCGUGCCUCUCUCGCUUGCGCUUUUCCCCGUAAAAAAAGAGGUACUUAUAGAACGUUUUCGGAGCAGAGCUACAGCAGCGACAUUCCAUAGACAGAUAUACAUAUAUAUAUAUACACAUACCUAUACGUAUACAGCUGUCCGUUGUUUCAUAUAUACUCUCUCGCUGCUCUCGCGACUCGCGAGUGUAUAGCAAUCCAAUGCUGUUAUAUAUGUGCUUUAACGGUAAAGUGUGAAGUGAUGCAUCGCGUAUUUUCGGAAUCGCCCUCGCCAGCCUGACAGUCGCGCCAGAGGUAGGUUGGAGUAACGCGGAGUCGAGGGUCAACAUGUCGCGACGGUCGAGUCGGGGCAGCGACGUCUUCAGGGAGCGAGACGAGGACGAGCAGUCGAUCAUCGAUGUCUUCGAGUUCGACGACAUCGCCGAGGACAGAUGGUUGUGUUCCACGGGCACUUCGUCUAGGAGGAACAGUGUCGAAGCCAAGGUUCAGGAUAUAGAUGGCUGGUUACAUGCAGAUGUACAGGAAUCGGAUGCUGCACAGUCUGACAGUAAUUCACGGAGAUCCAUUGACACAAGGACCUUUACAAGAAUCAAAAGGCGGUCUCACAAUAGACUAAGUUUCGAUUCUGUGGAACAGUCCGUUUCUCCAGAAACCAGAUCGUUCUCUUUAUCGAAUGUUUGGAAAAAUCAACCGAUCCCUGAAUCUGCAACGCGAAAUGUUAACAAUAACAAUAACAAGGAACUGAAGGAGAGGAGGGACAGUAUACCAAUGAUGUUACGGCCAAAAACGAACCAAGUUCUUGCUGCUCUCCUAUCAGAAAGUCCCUCUUCGAUUAGUAGUCAAACCAGUAUGGAAGCUUUCAUGAAUAUGGCUUCCUCAAAAGAGGGUAUCAGUUCUUUAAUCAGUGAUAUGAGUGACCCAGAUGUCAGUCACUUCCUAAUGAACAUAUCUCAACCAUCACUUUUGUAUUCCUCUUUGAUAUCUGAUGGUAAAGGAGAUGAAAGUGUUCAUGCCGCAGCAGCAGCUUUUGACAGUUUUAUAGAUUCUCAGAUUUUAACUGACUCAAUGAUGGAGGCAAGUAUGUUCAAAGAAGCUCAGGACAGUACUAUGAUUGCCGAUUUCUUGAAGCAAAAUGAUUGCACUGUUCUUGAGGAUGAAACAUAUUGCAAAAGUCCUAGUGCUUUGGAUUUGAAUGACAAAACCUUUGUUAAUGAGAAUAUAGGGGAUAAGACAUAUAUUAAUAUAACUGAUAAGGAUCAAAAGAGUUCCAAUAGCACUUUUGUAACUGCUAGUGAAAAUUCAAAGACAAAUGAUACAUUUACAAGCUUUCCCUCGCCAAUAAGCGAAUUCAAAGGUAACAGUACAAAGAUUCUGUCACCCUUGAACUCAACAAAAAUAAUGGAAGCUUCCCCUAAUCCACUUAAUUCUACAAGAAAUCUUUCUUUUGACCAUGAUAUACCUGUAUUGCUUCAAAAGAAAGAUCUUGUGUCAACGACCAUUACUUUAGAUAGCGAAAAUAAGACUGAUCUUACAUUCGAACUAAAAGCGAAAUCGACGUCUCCGAUAAAAGAACGACUGAACGAGACGUUUCAAACUUCCAAUUUUGCUGCAAAACCGAUUCCUCGGCUGAGUGGAUCAUCUGGUAAUGGUGAUCCAUUAGAUUCAACAUUUAGCGCAGUUCCAAAUCUUCGAGCCGAAUUACUACAGGAAGUUCGGAGAAGUAGCAAUAAAUUCGACGCCACCUUUAACACACCUUUGCCAAAUACUGAGAAGAAAUUUGAUACCACUUACGAGCAUCCAAACUCAGCUGAAAAUAAAUUUGACGCUACUUACGAACGCCCGAAGCCAGCUGAACCAGUUAUUAAUGAUGAUGAGGAGGAGGUAGAAGAUCUUGAUGCCACAUAUGUACAGAUGCCACUAGCGCAUCAACCUGAAUCUCAAACUGUUAACAAACCAGUCGACGUGACUUACGAUUCUGCCCACUUCAACGCGAAGUUGAGUAAUGCGGCUGGACCGCGACGCAUAAGCUAUGCAAAACAGAAUCCUGCAGAAUCUCAAAUGCAUUCACAAGAUCCGAACCGGUUCAAUACUUUUAGAAAAGAUAGCAAGAUCGGUAGUCGUUUAUCAAAAGCAUCGCAGCCACUAGAGAACAAUUCGAAUAAACCGGUAACAGCGGCGCCUUUGCAGCCCCACGUACCCAGUGCAAAGAGUAAUGAAAAUCUCUAUCAACAAAGAUUUAACACUUUCUCGAAGAAAUCGAGUUUAUUAAAGAAUCACGUUCGAAAUGAAAUGAAUGAGGAAGAAAACAGACAAGACAGCACAUUCAUAAAGCCGUUGGAAAAGCUACCCGUACGGCAAAUACAGGCACCUCGUCAAUUAUCAAAACUGCCACAAAUGUUUCAAAAGUCAAAUCCGAAUCUCGGCUCGAACUUAAAGCCAUCCGGUAUAUUAACUUUAGAAGCUGACGUUACUUUUAAUAAAGGAUCCCAACCGAAUAUUUCAAGUAAUUCUCAUGCGUUAAGCAGAUUCAAGUCGGAACGUCUAUUGCCGAUGAAGCAUAAUGCAGAUUUCGGAUCAGGCAAUGGUACUAGUCGUUCAAUGGAAAGCAUUGAAAGCACAGCAAGCGCACAUAGUGCCCCCGAUCUUGACGAUAGGCUUAGUAUUUGUUCCGAUAGCAGCAGAGCAUCGUAUACAGUAAAGCCCAGGAAUCUCGAAGCACUCAAAAAACUGGCGAGUAUGGAAGAACAAGGAAGAUUAGGUGGUUCUACGCCUAAGGUCAAAGGGCGUCAAAUCCUUGAAAAUACGUGGAUAGAAGGAAAAGAUUUGCCGUCACCCAUCCUUAAGAAUGGAGCUGGAAGAACUUAUACAGAAAGUACAGAUAGUAGAAGCACAUCACCGACAGAUAGUGCAGAGUUCAAUGCAAAAACUAGUUCACCACUAACAAUAAGUCCGGCUAUUUCGGAUCAAGCAAUAAAUACAAUAGGUAACGAUGAUGGUGGAAUUGAAGCAGCAAAAGAAAAUAUUCAGGUGACAGAAAAUGUUAGAUCUAAGCAAAUUAAGGUACCCAAUUCAGUUUCUACCGGGACAAAUGCUACGAAACUACGAAGACCAAGUAAUUGGGCAGGUGCACCAAAUAAAGUAGGUAACGGUGCAUCAAGUGGAAUUCCCAGACCGGCCUCUCGAAUUCCCGGACCAAAGUUUACGAGAUCAAAUUUAAAAUGAUUCGACAACAAUGACUGAAUUAUAAAGAAAUUUAAAAGAUGAGAUACCAGUUACGUCGAUCAAGCAGUACAAAUUCAGCAGACUAUGGUGGUAAUUGAUGAAAAAUUUGGAAACCCAAAUAACUAUUUUUCUAAUUGAAGAGUUGUAAAUAGGUGAAACAAAGUGCGAUAAAAAACUUAUAUUUUGUAAUCCACAGCGGUUUGUGGUCGGUGCGUGAUCUUGGUAUUUUGUAUCUCUUAUUUUUAAAUGUUAAUACUGUUUGCCAUUAUUGAAAAGGAAAACCUACUAUCUUUUUUACGAAUAAUCAGACUGCCAUUUAUCACUCUGAUAAUGGAGUGCUUGUAUAAAAAUAACAAAUUAACUCGAUAAUUUGAUUUAUCACUAAAGCAUACGGUAUUUAUAAUCACCAAAAAUUGUUACUUAUUGUUACAUUAUUCUUUCUUUAUUAUAACAGAAUCAAAUUUAAAAACUGUAAGUAUAGUUCUAUUUCAUUUGUUUAGAAUUCACGAUUGUAUUCAAUACCAUUUUUCAAAGCCCAGUCUCUUAGUUUUUUAGUCGCUUAUUAACGAAUAUUCUUUUUAUAUAUUUUUUUUUUGUUAUUCGUGUUUAUCAUCACAAGGGAUAGAUAGUACAUAAAGACUGUAGGUAAAUAUUUUUGACAUUGGAAACCAAUGCUUUAAAUUAAAUAUACAUUGUAAUUAAAUAACGCUGUACACAAAUAUGUAAACAAAUUAAGGAUCCUGACUGAAAUCUAGGUAUAUUUAAGAAAAUUUGAUGCAUUUCAAUUUCUUUUUUUUUUAAUUUUCAGACUAAAAUAUAAUUUUUUUAAGUGGACUUCAGAAUAAUGAUUUUUUAUUUAAACUGAAAACAGGAUAAAUUAAUUAUGAGCACAACACACAACUAUAUGUGAAAUUUAUUUAUUAUU